GCAUAUUAACCGUUCAAUAAACAUGAUUUUAACAUUACGCGACCGGUAGAAAGUUGUUUAUCAUGGCGACCCCUCUAAAAAGUGUGAGUUUUGAGGUGUUUGGAAAAGUUCAAGGAGUGUUUUUUAGAAAGCACACGCAGAGUGAAGCAAAGAAAUUAGGACUUACAGGAUGGGUCCAGAACACACAGGGUGGUACAGUGAUUGGUUGCAUUGAAGGACCAGAAGAUAAAAUAAAAAUCAUGAAAAAAUGGCUUCAAGAAACAGGUAGUCCAAAAUCCAGAAUUGAGAAAUGUGUAUUCAAGGAUGAAAAGAAAGUGGAUUCAAAACAUUUUCAUGGGUUUACAGUAAAUCAUUAAGAUAUUUUUGAAUCAAUUUUUUUUUACCACAAAAGAUAUAACUACAGAUGAUAUUGUGAGAUUUUACUCAGUUGUUUUCAUAAGCCACUCUAUGAUUUUAAAAACAUUUUGGUAGUUCACUUUACAAAAUAUAUUCUAAUGGUGGAGGAAAAUAUUUGUUAUUUCCGCUUCCUAUUGUACAUAUGUAAAUUUUGCCAAAUCUUUCAUCACCAACUAACACAUUCAGUAACUGCUAGGAAGUGGUGCUGCCAUUUUUAUCACAUAUUUUUUUCUGUGACUUACUCGUAUAUUAGAAAAAAAUAAUAACAAUACAUUCAUAAGCCUAUGAUGUAUUUAGUCAUUUAGGUAUUUACACAAAAAAAGUUUUGCUGUUUGAAAAAGUUAUUUUUAAUUUGAUACAUUUUCUCACAUUUUACAAAAAGAUGAAACCCUAUUGUUCACAUGAUAGUGCCCUCGGAAUUUUUUAUAAAACACAAUCAAAAACCCGAUAUCAGGGUAAAAAUGUCAGGCUAGGACGAUAGAUGUUUGUAUAACAAGUUACUAUUGAGUUUUUCAGGGUAUGCUAACAAUUGAGGACUGUUUUUUUCAUUUUUUAGACUUAUUGUUUUUAACUGCAUUCAGCCUCUUUACAAAGGCAAAUUUUGUUUUAAAUUUAGAAUGCAGUAUUGUAUGUGAUACCUUGUGAACUAGAUAAUCCCUGUAUCUGUCUCAGAAUAUGGUUUGCAGAUAUCAACAUUAGUAUACAAAUGAUCUGUCUUGAGUUGUGUAAAGUUGCAAUAUAUUAUUGUGUGAACUGUCUGCCAUUGAGGUGAAUCUAGCUAAAUUGUAUGGCUGUUUGAUAAUAAACCUGUUCGUUACAAGAAAGUAUUUAAUCAUUCUAGCUUACUUUGUUUUAAUUUUGUAAUAAUUCUCUUGAUUCUUUGGUAAUAUAUAAUUUAAAAUAUUUUAUAACUCGUCUCAAUGGUUAUCAUAAUGUAAUAUUUCUAUACGGGUUACAAAAAUAAUAAAAAAUAGUUGAGAUAUG